AGGAAACCAUUAGCACCCCAAGGUAAUGUUAGCCGAUUACCAGUGCCAGGAUCACGGAUGAUGAAGAGGGCACGCAGUCCAGAUGAUAAUGAGGUGCAAGUGUCUGGAAAGAAAAGCCGUAUGGACAGCAAUGAUAACAAUUUGGAUGCUGGUCACAUGUCGACACGGUCAUUAUCAUCAUCAUCUAUAGCAAAAGCAUCUGUAAAUAAAACAGCAGCAAACAGCAGGUUGAAAAGGGCGGAGUCGUCGUUAAACUUAUCCAAGAGGCAAGCAGCUGGAAACACAACAAAUAGAAUCAUCAACACGGUUAUUGCUCCACGGAACCCCAAACAACAGUCCAGAGUCUUGUCAAGUACUGUGGCUAAACCCACUGCAAAAACUACAUCUCUAAAUAACAGUGCUCUGAACUCAACGGUUACAAGCACAGGUGUCUCCAAAAAACGGCCAGCAUGGGACCUCAAGGGGCGGAUCCAGGAUAUGGAAGCUCAUCUGCAGCAGCAAGUAAAGGAUAAAACUAGUUUACAGAGCGAAUUCUCCAAAUACAACGAGCGCAUUGGUCAGCUAGAGUCGCUGAAUAAACAACUGAGCGGAAAUGUGGUUGAAAAGGAGCUGGCCAGUGAAUCAGCAAUGAAGGAAAUUGAGAACUUGAAAGCAAUUCUUAGGCAAACAGAGCAGGAACUGGACACAAAGAAGAAGAAAUUUCAGCAAGAAAUUGAUGACCUUGAGUUCCUGAAAUCAACUCUAGACCGGCAGAAGUCAGCACUUGAGGGAGAACUGAAUGCCUCUGUAAAAGAAGUGUCUGUUCUCAGAAUGUCAAUUGCAGAGCUCAUGGCUUCACAGGCUACCCUACAGAGUGAUCUGGAGAACACUAAGAUUCAGCUGAAGAAAGCUCUCACUGAUAUUGAAGAACGUAACAAGACUAUCUGUGAAAAGACAGAAAUCAUCAGGCAGAGGGAGGCCAGCAUUGAGCUGUUCCAACAGAGGGAGCGUGGGCAUGAGACAGAGAGAAGGAAGCUACACAACACAAUACAAGAACUCAAGGGCAAUAUCCGAGUGUUCUGCCGUGUUCGGCCGCUGCUCGCAGAGGAACAGUUUGGAAAUGGUGGUGUCAUUUCACACAUGAACUUUCCUGACAUGGACAUGAAGAUCUUGGAACUUGACAAGUUGUCAGACAUUUCUGUUAAUGAGAGUGUUCUGAAUUCUACAAAGUCCAAGAGUGUAUCCAAGUACGAGUUUUCAUUUGAUAAAGUCUUUCAGCCGGAGUCUUCUCAGGCCGAGGUCUUUGAGGAAAUAUCACAGCUGGUUCAGAGUGCCCUGGAUGGCUACAAUGUGUGCAUUUUUGCCUAUGGUCAGACUGGGUCUGGAAAGACAUUUACAAUGGAGGGUUCCUUGAAUGAUGAGUCGCUCCUGGGAAUGAUCCCAAGAACUGUUCAGCAGAUUUUCAAAUCAACAGCAGAGUUACAGAAGAAGGGGUGGGAGUACACCCUGCAAGUGUCCAUGCUGGAGAUCUAUAACGAGACCAUCCAAGACCUCCUGGGCAAGGGCAAGGACGAGAAGCUGGAGAUCAAGAUGCAGGGCAAGGGAGAGACUGACGUCUACGUACCCAAUCUGACUAUUGUGGAUGUUAGCACAGAGAGCAAGGUGUUGAGUUUGUUGAAGACUGCCGGCAAAAACAGGGCUGUGGCGGAGACUAAAUGCAAUGACAGAUCGUCACGGAGUCACUCAGUAUUCCAGAUGCGACUGGCCGGGUCCAACAGCAUAACUGGCGAGGCUUGUAAAGGUACAUUGAAUCUUGUCGACCUUGCCGGGAGUGAGAGGAUUAAGGAAUCUGGAUCAGAAGGUCAGAGGUUAGUCGAGGCCCAGAGCAUCAACAAAAGUUUGAGCAACCUUGGGAAUGUGAUCAUGGCGUUAGGAAAAAAGGACAAGCACAUACCUUACCGGAACUCCAAGCUGACGUAUCUGCUGCAGAAUUCUCUUGGAGGAAACAGCAAGACCCUCAUGUUUGUGAAUGUGUCUCCUAAGGAAGAGUGCUUCUCAGAGACACUCAACUCUCUUCGCUUUGCCACAAAGGUGAACCAGUGCAACAUAGGAACAGCUCAAAAAAGGAAAUAA